AUGCUUGGGUUCGUGAGUUUCUGGUGGCGUGGAGGUAGCGGGAGGGGAUCAGAGUGUGAAGCGAAGCGUUGCUCCUCUUCGUCCCGGCCGCGCUUCCUUCAAGGCUCGAAGACCUCAUCUUUCUCAUCCUCAGUGUCGAAGGAAGGAGCAGCAACGGUAGAGGUAGAGUGGCGGGCUAGAUCUAUCUUGGUUGCAUCUUUGCAUACAAAUUCCUUCUCCAUCAGUCGCCGCCUGCAGUCCCAAAGUAAGCAUCUUCUCAACCAUCGCGCCGCUGUCAAACUUUUCAAGGAAAAUUCAAACGGUGAGAGACAAGAUACUCGUCCCUACAACACCGCUGUGACCGGCUCCACUAAUGUUACUCACUCAGCUACCACCAAAUUCCUUCAGUCCUCCACCAGCAUGUCAUCGUCACAGCCGGUGAUAUAA